AUGAAAGCCUCUGGUUUGCCGACCAAGGGCAAGGGUGGAAAAGGUGCCAAGGGAGGUGCGAAGGGCAAAGUGGCCGUGCCUGGCCGCACUCCAGGUGCCAGCAGCACAAAAGACGACGAUGAAAUGGAGGUGGAUUACGUGAUACCAGAAGUUCUUGCUGGAAAUGAUCAGCCUGAAGAUGAAACAUUCGCGGCGAUCAUGGAAAGGUUCAAGUAUGUGGAGCCGGAGAACAAGGAGGAGGCAGACGAGGACGAGGAGAAGCCAAAAAGGCGGACAAAGCCGAAGGCAUCUCUUCUGGAGGAAGCUGAGGACAGCGAGGAUGAGGAACACGACGCCGGAAAGAUGUCUAAGAAGAAGCGGCGAGUUCAGAAUCGAAUGUCUGUCGCAGAACUGAAGACUCUGGUCAAGAGACCUGAUGUGGUCGAAGUCUGGGACACGACGGCUUCUGAUCCGCGACUCUUGGUGUACCUGAAGGCAUAUCGAAACACCGUUGCAGUUCCAAAGCAUUGGAGCAGCAAACGAAAGUACAUGGCAGGAAAGCGUGGCGUCGAGAAGCCACCUUUCCGGCUGCCGGAGUUUAUCGAAGCCACGGGCAUCGCGAAGAUCCGUCAGGCGAUCAUGGAGAAGCAGGCAGACAUGUCAUUCAAGCAGCGAAGCCGAGAACGUGUCCAUCCGAAGAUGGGUAAGUUGGACAUCGAUUACCAGGUGCUGCAUGAUGCCUUCUUCAAGUUUGCAUCCAAACCGAAGCUGUCGAAGCACAAUGACAUGUACUACGAGGGCAAGGAGUACGAGACGAAGAUGUUAACGAAAAGGCCUGGCCACUUGAGCGCCGCACUCAAAGAGGCACUUGGGAUUCACGAAGGAAGCCCCCCGCCUUGGCUCUUCAACAUGCAGCGUUACGGGCCUCCUCCGGCAUACCCCAAUUUGAAGAUCCCGGGGCUGAAUGCACCCAUCCCUCAGGGCGCGGAGUAUGGAUAUCACCCUGGUGGUUGGGGGAAGCCGCCUGUCGACGAGUUUGGGAACCCUUUGUACGGCGACUGGAAGGACCAGGCACCAGCACCCUCAGGCCCAGAGGACCACACUCUGUGGGGUGAGGUCGAUGAUUUUGAAGAGGAGGAGGAAGAUGAAGAGGUUGAAGCUGAGAGGGGAGAUGGCACCGCCACCCCAAUGCUUGGCACGGCCACUCCACUGGUUGGUUCGGGCUCUGCAACUCCUGUUGUGUCGCAUGGUGUGCACAGCAUUAGCGGUGUGUCCUCGAUCACCAGCGGCAUGGACACACCGGGCACGGGUACGCGAAGCAAGAAGGGUGGGAUCGCCUCAGUGAGUGGCAUCAGCUCAGCUUCCCUCACUCCGACGCCGCAGCUUUUCCAGGUGCUCGAGGAGCAAAAAUCCAAGUCCAAGAAGGGUGUUUACCCAUCUGCACACACAUACAAAGUCGGCAGCAGGAGUGGAGGCGGCUCAUCGACGCCAGUCGGAGGUGUGGGCAGUUCUGGUACCGGUACUCCGGUGGCUGGCAUUGGCACUCCGAUUGGUGGCAUUGGUACUCCAAUUGCUGGCAUCGGCACUCCUCAUGGGAUUUCCACACCGCACGGUAUUGGAACGCCAGGGAUGGGCACGAGGACACCGCAGGGCAUCACCACCCCGCUGGGUAUGGGAUCUGCAGGUCAUGGAACUGGGACCGGGACGGGGACUCCCGGCAUGGGCACACCCGGAGCGGGGACUCCCAUUGGCGGCAUCGGCACGCCUGUUGGAGGUGGUGUUCACACGCCGGUUGGCGGAAUCGCAACCCCAGUCGGUGGUAUUGCGACGCCAGUGGGCGGUAUCGCCACUCCAGUAGGUGGCAUUGCUACACCAGUCGGGGGUAUAGCAACGCCUGUGGGUCAGCAUACACCUGCGGGAAUUGCAACUCCGGCUGGAGGCGUUUCCACUCCAACCGGCAUUCCCGGUGGCAUGGCACCGACACCACUCGGAGGAGCAGACACUCCUGGCCCCGUAACCAUGAAUCUGAAUCCAGAGCAGGUUGAGACAGAAGGCAUUCUCACAGCGGACAUCAUUCGUCAGCAGCUCAAACAGCACGAGGAGGCCGCCGCCAAGGCCAAGAUUGCAGCCGGUCAGAAGGAGGUGGAGCAGAAGAAGACGGUGGCUGCCAAGCCGACCAAGAAGCGCAAGGAGAAGACAAAGUUCAAGUUCUGA